AUGACAUUCUUUGAGAGCAAUGGCCACGGCCCAAUAGAUACGCCGCCACGAGCACCUUCACCAGUCCACAAGUUCGGUACUUUGGCCGUACACGCUGGUUCUCACCAUGAUCCCUCGACGGGAGCCGUCAUCGCGCCCAUCUCCCUGAGCACAACCUUCGCACAAAGCUCAGUCGGCAAGCCGAUCGGCGACCACGAAUACACACGAUCCUCCAACCCGAACCGAUGGGCCUUCGAAGAGUCAAUAGCAGCGUUAGAGAAGGCAAAAUACGCCCUGGCAUUCGCCUCCGGCUCAGCGACAACCGCCAUAAUCUUGCAGAGUCUGGCAGCCGGUAGCCACGUCGUGUCCAUCUCGGACGUGUACGGUGGCACCCACAGGUACUUCACCAAGGUCGCCUCUGCACAUGGCGUCCGCGUUACCUUUUCACCCAGCAUCGAGCUGGAUAUUGAGGAGCUGAUCACGAACGAGACGAAGCUGAUCUGGAUCGAGACGCCUUCCAACCCUACUCUCUCGCUGGUGGAUAUUAGGGUCAUUGCAGACAUUGCACACAGGAGUGGGAUUAUGGUGGUUGUGGAUAACACCUUCAUGUCGCCAUACAUUCAGAACCCGCUAGAGCACGGCGCGGAUAUUGUGGUUCACAGUGUGACCAAGUACAUCAACGGUCACUCGGACGUCCUGAUGGGUGUGGCUGCUUUCAACUCGGAUGAGCUCUUCGAACGUCUAAAAUUCUUGCAGAACGCCAUUGGUGCGGUUCCAAGUCCAUUCGACUGCUGGCUGGCACAUCGAGGUGUAAAGACACUGCACUUGCGUGCACGUGAGGCUAGCAAGAACGCUCAGAUCUUGGCUGAGGCGCUCGAGGCAAGCCCGCAUGUGGUUGCUGUCAACUACCCGGGUUUGAACUCGCACAGGCAGCGUAAAGUGGCCAUCAAGCAGCAUCGGGAUGGUAUGGGCGGUGGUAUGCUGUCCUUCCGCAUCAAGGGAGGCAAAGAGUCGGCAGAUCGAUUCUGUGAGGCUACGCAGAUCUUCACAUUGGCUGAGAGUCUGGGUGGUAUUGAGUCCCUCGUCGAAGUCCCAGCAUCGAUGACACAUCUCGGCAUCCCCAAAGAGCAGCGAGAGGCAGCAGGCGUCUUCGAGGAUCUGGUCAGAGUAUCUUGCGGUGUUGAGGACAUUGAGGACCUCAAGGCGGAUGUGUUCCAGGCGCUUGAGAAGGUGAUUGUGGGACCCAAGAUCUCGAACGGGCUUGCGAAUGGCAAGCACUAG